UCCUCCCCGCUUCCAGUGCGGAUAAUGCCAGGCUUCGCCGAGCCAUUCGACGCCUCUGAGAUCCACACUUUCGCAAAGUGGCAGAAUGUGGGGAGCAAAGCGAGCAAGGAAUGCAGAGCAUGACGUCGUCAACGGUGGUCACAAGGUGUCCCACUCACCCCGCUCGGGACGUCGGCGGAAGAAGCUCAUGGUUUCCCUCACAAUCGUUUUGAGAGCGGUCGGGCCGCUCUCUGCUGGCGCAAGUUUCCAUGGUGGCGAACUUUGUCAAGAUGAUUGACAAGAAGAUAGUCGCUUUGAUGCAUGCCGUGCCUACUUGUGUAGGCUUGCACAGCGAAUCACGCACUGUGCCUGGUCGUCUAUAAGAG